CAGAGGGAGGGAGACAGAGAGGGAGAGAGGAGCAGAGAGAGGGAGGGCAAGAGAGAGAGAGAGCAAUGUGCCUUUCACAGAGCUGGGAGCUUGAUGGGAAUGUUUGAUUAGCUCCCCUCUGAAAGAAAAAAGGUGACCAGGCCUCCCUCUGCUGCCUGCUUCUCCUUCUGUAGAAUAAUGUUGGCUGGAGUUUGGGGUACAGAAAAGCUUGGAAAAAAUAGCACUUUCAUACUGUGUGGAGAAAAGGAAUAAAAAGUUGCACACCUCAAGCAAGUGCUUCUUAGUGACACAUCCAGAUUUUGCUUUACUCACCAUGAAGGCCACGGUCAUUGCAACCUUCUUUGGUGUGUAUCUUACAUGUACAUACACAGCUAAGGAAGCCACAAAGAAGCCAAAAAAACCUAAGCUAUAUGUACCCCAGAUUGAUUGCGACGUCAAGGCAGGGAAGAUAAUCAAUCCAGAAUUCAUUGCAAAGUGCCCUCCCGGAUGUCAAGACGUAAAAUACCGUGUUUAUGGCACAGACAUUUAUGCUUCCUUUUCCAGUGUCUGCAAUGCUGCAAUUCACAGUGGUAUAAUUGACAACACAGGCGGGAAGAUCCUUGUCCAGAAAGUUGCUGGCCACUCUGGUUACCGCGGGACCUUCUCCAACGGGGUCCGGUCCUUGUCACUGCCGCGCUGGAGGGAGUCCUUCCUCGUCUCAGAGGGCAAGCCAAGAAAAGGUGUGACAUAUCCAUCAACUCUUGAAUAUUCUUCUUCAAAAAGUACUGCUGUUAAAUCAGAGCCUAAAAAGCCAGAGCAAGAUCCAAAAGGUAUGAAGAGUGUGGAUACCAUUAACACAUCAGAAAAAACAUCGGAACAAGGGGAUGCAGUCCGCAAAGAGUAUCAGACGUCUCCAGUGCCGACAUCAGCCACACAAAUGGCCACCACAACCCCGACACCAACGACCACGACGACAGAUCCUUCCACCACAGUGCCACAGCCAACCACAACACCUGCAACAACCAGAACCACAGCAGCUGCAGCCAAGACUAGACCUGGACUGCACAGGGUCAGAGAUAUGGGUUCUAGCAGUGUCCACCCAGCAUAUGCAUCUGUGAUAGCUGCAGCAUCGAGACAGGUUCAGGCUGCACAAGGAAGAGGACAGAAUGCAGCAUUCAGGGGCACUUCCACCUCUGCAAGUAACAGGAACAUUGUACGACACAAUACAGGUAAAGGCAUUACAAUCUUCCUCUAUUUCCUCCCUGUAGAUAGUUCCACAACUCAUCAUAGUUUUUCUUCUCUUUCAUGUGUAAAAGCAGUGGAAACAGACUCAUGGAAACCUGGACUGAGCCUUUUUGACACAGGCUUCGGUUCAAACGAAGAAUUGAAUCCGAAGCCGCUGGAGUCCAUCUCCCAGGGUAACCAGAAUUGCAAGGUUGAUUUGUCCUUCUUAAUGGAUGGAAGCUGGAGCAUUGGCAAACGCCGCUUUCAGCUCCAGAAGCGGUUCCUUGGUAACGUGGCUCAAGCCCUUGGCAUUGGCAGUGCUGGUCCUCUGAUGGGCAUCGUUCAGUAUGGCGAUGACCUUUCCACAGAAUUUAACUUAAAAACUUAUGCCAACUCCAAGGAGAUAAGAAACGCCAUUGAGAAAAUUCAACAGAAAGGGGGACUUUCCAAUGUUGGGAAGGCACUUUCAUUUGUUAACAAAAACUUCUUUUUGGAUGCUAAUGGAAACCGAGGUGGAGCACCCAACGUGGUUGUAGUGGUGGUGGACGGGUGGCCGACCGACCGAGUGGAAGAGGCCUCCAGGCUGGCCAGAGAAUCAGGGAUCAACAUUUUCUUUGUCACUGUUGAAGCAGCUGCUCAAAAUGAAAAGCAGAAUGUUAUUGAACUGAACUUUGUGGACAAGGCAGUGUGCAGGACAAAUGGUUUCUAUUCCAUCAACGUGCCCAGCUGGUUCAGCCUACACAAGGUGGUCCAGCCCCUGGUGAAGCGGGUCUGCGACACCGACCGGCUGGUUUGCAGCAAGACUUGCCUCAAUUCAGCCGACAUUGGUUUCGUCAUCGAUGGCUCCAGCAGCGUCGGCACCAGCAACUUCCGCACAGUCCUCCAGUUUGUAGCCAACAUCAGCAAGGAGUUUGAGAUUUCAGACACAGACACCCGAGUCGGGGCCGUUCAGUACACCUACGAGCAAAGGCUGGAGUUCAGCUUUGACAAGUACAGCACGAAGGAGGAUGUGCUGAGUGCCAUUAGAAGGAUCAGUUACUGGAGUGGUGGGACCAGCACGGGGGCAGCCAUCAGCUACGCCUCAGAGCAGCUGUUCAGCAAAUCCAAACCCAACAAAAGAAAGAUCAUGAUUCUCAUUACAGAUGGCAGGUCUUACGAUGACGUCAGCGUGCCAGCCAUGGAAGCUCACCGAAAUGGAGUCAUUGCUUACUCCAUUGGAGUUGCUUGGGCAGCCCCAGAUGAACUGGAAGCCAUUGCAACAGACCCUGCUAAGGAGCAUUCCUUCUUUGUGGAUGAAUUUGACAACCUCUAUCGCUAUGUUAAUCAGCUCAUCCAAAACAUUUGCACAGAAUUUAAUUCCCAGCCACGGAACUGAUGGACUCAAGCAAGGCAGGACCCUUGGCACCAUGCUGAAGGCACAUCAAGUGCCAGGGAGUAAUGCCAGCCCUCAGUACAAAAAACACUGAAGGUGUUUUCCUCUGGCACUUUCCAGUCAGCAAGGUUGAUUGCAGCUCCUAUGGCCCCUAUGCAUGCUCUGUGUAGACUGUUGAUGUUUUUUUUUUUCCCCUUGCAGCCUUCAGAAACUCUGAUUUGGACGGAUAGCUACAGAGGCAGUAAACACGGAGGAAAUAAAUGCAGCAGUUUGAAUAGCUGCUUCCAGAACAGAGCCCCAGCUUGCCCAAUUCUCACCUUUGGACACACACAAGCUCCUUACAAUGCACCACCUGCUCCCUGAAGCAGCCAGGUCCCUUCAAGGUGGCCAUACUGCCGAGCAGCUGCGGCAGAAGCACCUCUGUUGAAACUGCCCACCAGAUGACACCCAGAUAAGGGCUGAAA